AUGAAUGGAUGGGGUGUUCAUCACCUUGAUGUGAAGUCAACAUUUUUGAACAGGAAGUUAGAAGAGGAGGUGUAUGUCACACAACUAGAAGGCUUUGGGAAGAAAGGUGAAGGAAACAAGGUUUAUAAAUCGUCAAAGGCACUUUAUGAGCUGAAACAAGCGCCCAGGGCAUGGAAUUCGUGUCUAGAUGCUUACUUGAAAAGUCUUGGAUUUAAAAGGUGCCCCCAGGAAUACUCUGUGUACACCAGGAUGAAGAAUGGAAACACUCUAAUCAUUGGAGUUUACGUAGAUGACGUGUUGGUUACUGGAAGCUCCAUUGGCGAUGCGAAACAAUUCAAGAAGGAGAUGAAGGCAAAAUUCAAAAUGAGUGAUCUUGGUCUACUGACUUACUACCUGGGAAUUAAGGUAAAUCAACACAAGAACUUUAUUUCAUUGAAGCAAGAAGCAUAUGCUAGAAACCUACUAGCAAAGACCCGUAUCCUAGAGUGUAAUCCCACCAAAAGUCCCAUGGAACUCAAGACUCAGUUGACUAAAGAAAGAGAUGGAGAGCUGGUCAACCCCACUGAGUACAAGAGUAUAGUGGGUGGGCUUAGAUACUUGACCCAUACCCAUCCAGACUUGGCAUUUGCAGUAGGAGUAGUGAGCCGUUUUAUGGAGAGACCUACCAUGGUUCAUCUUCAAGUUGUGAAAAGGAUUCUCAGGUAUAUAAAGGGUACCUUAGACCAUGGUUUGGUCUAUACAAAAGGAGAAAAGAAGAUGAAUAUUGCAGGGUAUUCAGACACUGAUCAUGCAAAGGACUUGGAUGACAGAAGAAGUACAGGAGGGAUGGUGUUUUAUGUGAAUGGAAACCUGGUCUCUUGGUCAUCACAAAAGCAAAGAUGUGUAGCUCUAUCUUCAUGUGAGGCUGAAUUUAUGGCAACCACCAUGACUGCAUGCCAAGGCAUUUGGCUGCGUAGACUCUUGUCAUCAAUAACAUGUCAAAAUAUUCCACCAGUAACAAUGUAUGUGGACAACAAGUCAGCACUAGAACUCAUGAAAAACCCAGUUUUUCACGGAAGAAGCAAGCAUAUAGACAUAAGAUUUCACUUUAUCAGAGUGUGUGGAGAAUGGUGA